CCCUCAUAGAAGAGUUGGAGGAAGUUGCAGGCGAAAUAGCCUGCUCGUUUUUGAACUAACCAGCCUUGUGUAACAAACAGAUUCGAGCACUUCACUGCAGUCUUUCAGUAAGAGCAUUUGAUCAGUUCUAUCGUCUGAGGAAAAUGUCGUACCUCCCAAAACUGUUUAAAUAUGUGGACGACCACCAAGAUCAGUAUGUGGAGCGUUUGGCCCAAUGGGUAGCAAUUCAAAGUGUCUCUGCCUGGCCAGAGAAACGAGGCGAAAUAAAAAAAAUGAUGGAAAUGGCAGCCAAGGACAUAGAGAAACUUGGAGGGACAGUGGAAAUGGUAGACAUUGGCAAGCAGAAGUUGCCAGGAGGGGAGGAGAUUCCUCUGCCUCCAAUUAUUCUGGGCCGACUAGGCUCUGACCCAGGCAAGAAGACAGUUUGUAUUUACGGCCACCUGGAUGUUCAGCCAGCCAACAUUGAUGAUGGCUGGGACACGGAACCAUUCACUCUGGUGGAGAAAGAUGGAAAACUGUAUGGACGUGGCUCUACAGAUGAUAAAGGCCCUGUGUUGGGCUGGUUUAACAUCAUUGAAGCCUACCAGAAGAUUGGACAGGAGCUACCAAUCAACAUUAAAUUCUGCUUUGAGGGGAUGGAAGAAUCUGGAUCAAAUGGUUUGGAUGAGCUUGUCUUCUCCCGGAAAGACACCUUCUUCAAAGAUGUGGAUUAUAUUUGCAUCUCUGACAACUACUGGCUUGGCAAGACAAAACCCUGCCUUACGUAUGGUCUUCGAGGGAUCUGCUACUUCUUCAUUGAGGUGGAGUGCUGUGACAAGGAUCUGCACUCUGGAGUGUUUGGUGGCUCUGUCCAUGAAGCCAUGACUGAUCUUAUCACGUUGAUGGGCUCUCUGGUUGAUAAGAAAGGAAAGAUCAUGGUGCCUGGAAUUUAUGACCAAGUUGCUCCUGUCACUGAGGAGGAGAAGAAGCUGUAUGAGAGUAUUGACUUCGAUGUGACGGAGUACUGCAAAGAUGUUGGGGCUGGGAAACUGCUGCAUGACACCAAAGAGAACAUCCUGAUGCAUCGCUGGAGGUAUCCCUCUCUCUCUCUCCAUGGUAUCGAGGGAGCUUUCUCUGAGGCAGGGGCUAAGACUGUCAUUCCAUCCAAGGUCAAUGGCAAGUUUUCCAUUCGCCUGGUUCCAGACAUGGACCCCAGCAAAGUGGAAAAGCUAGUUAUCGCUCACUUGGAGAAGAAAUUUGCUGAGCUAGAGAGCCCUAACAAAUUGAGAGUAUACUCGAACCAUGGAGCAAAGGCCUGGGUGUCUGACUUUAACCACCCUCAUUACAUAGCGGGCAGAAACGCCAUAAAGACAGUUUUUGGAGUGGAGCCUGACCUUACUCGUGAGGGUGGGAGCAUUCCCGUAACCCUGACUUUCCAGGAGGCAACAGGUUGCAAUGUCAUGCUGCUACCCAUGGGUUCUUCUGAUGAUGGAGCACACUCACAGAACGAGAAGAUCAACAGAUCUAACUACAUCCAAGGCACUAAGAUGUUGGGUGCUUAUUUUCACGAGGUAUCUCUGCUCAAGUAACUCCAUCUGGAAAAUUAAUAUCACAGGCUUUCCUGAUCUCUGGAAUAUUGGACUGUCCUUUUUGUCUUAUGAUAAUUCUCAGAAAUUGCUCCCUGGACUUCAUAAUGCAAGUUAAAUGUCUAAUAAUUAAACUCUCUUUACGGUUGUUGCCUUCACCACCCUUCUCCCUUUGGGUAAGCAAAAAAAAACAAAAAAACCCUGGAUUUCUGUUUUAUGAUCGCCAUUGUGCUAGACUAAGUACUGUCACAGAGGUACUCUAAAUCUGUAGUUUUCACUUGGUAAAUCUUGUAAAUUGGUGACGUGUUUAACAACUAACAAAGCAAUUUUGAGAGAAAUGUAUGUGAAUGUCUACAUUUGAAAAUCCAUUAUAGUAUGCAGAUAAUUUGUUUAUUACCUCCAAAUACCUCAGAUAUUUUACAUGUCUGUAUUGAGAUAUGAACUGAAGGUUUUGUGGUUUGUAAGGUGAUAUCAAUUGAUUAUUACAGUUGUUUAGUUUUCUAGCACAAUCCAGGUGACAUGAACAUGACAUGCAAAGUAUUAAGUGAAAUCACAUUUAUUUGUUUGAAUGAAAGAAGUUUUUAUGAUUUGAUAGUAUGUUUAUCUGAAAGUUCCCUUUUCAUUAUUAUUCUGUAACUUGAGGUUAAAUUUUCUAUUUGUUUAAAAUGUUGUUUCAUGUGAUACUUCAUGGACUGAUUACAAGACCUAAUUAUGA